GAAAAGUGCCGUAAGAAAGAUGGAUUGUGGCUCUGUCAACUAAUUAGUUUGUAUUGAAAUUAAAUGUAAUUCACUGUAAGGACAGCGACAUUAAAAAUAAAAAUAACGAUGGACUAUUUAGUAAAUAUUAAUUGGAACAAAAUAACACCAUGUCUUGUUUUAUUAGUGCUAGAAAUAGUGUUAGAAUUUUCAGAUUGUGCGACGCCUGCAGAGGUGAACAAGCACCUGGAGCUGGGUCGGGACUUCCUGGCUCGAGGGCAGCUCUCGGACGCACUGACGCACUAUCAUGCAGCGGUCGAGGGUGACCCACACAACUACCUCACAUAUUUUAAGCGUGGUACAGUUUACUAUGCUCUGGGUAAAGCAAAGUUUGCACUGCAAGACUUCACUAAGGUGUUGGAGUUGAAAGCUGACUUUACUUCAGCUCAAGUGCAGCGUGCUAAUGUCUACCUCAAACUAGCUCAAUACAGAGAGGCUAAAGAAGACUUCUUGCAAGUUACAUACGCGGACCCGUACAACAGCGAGGCCGUGGCGCAGUACCACAAGAUCGACGAGUACAUGGAGGACUUCCGGCUGGUGGAGGCGUACUACCGCGGCGGCGACCACCGCGCCGCGGCCGAGCUGGCCACGCGCCUGCUCGAGGUCUCGCCCUGGUCCGCGCAGCUGCGCCAGCUCCGCGCCGAGAGCUACAUAGCCCUGAAUGACUUAUUCUCCGCUGUGUCUGACAUUCGGUCUGUCAACCGGCUCCAGCAAGACUCCACGGAUGGCUACUACCGGCUUGCUACUUUGUUGUACCAGCUGGGUCAUGUCAGUGAUGCCUUGAAGGAAGUCCGCGAGUGUCUUAAACUAGACCCCGAGCACAAGAAGUGCUUCCCGCUGUACAAGAAGAUCAAGAAGGUGGACAAGCUGCUGCUGGACUGCGAGGAGCUGAGCGAGGCGCGCGACUACCUCAAGUGCAUGAGCAGCGCCGAGAAGGUGCUCAAGAUCGAGGAUGAGGUCUCGUUGGUCGUGUUCGAGGCCAAGAGGUGGCUCUGCAGCUGCGCUACCAAGGAGGAGCAGUACACGGAGGCGCUGGGGCACUGCGCGGCGGCGCUGGCCAUCAAGCCGGACGCGCGCGUGCUGUGCGACCGCGCCGACGCCAUGCUGGGCCUGGACAUGUUCGACGACGCCAUUCAUAUGUACAAAGAAGCGCUAGAAUUAGACGAAGGGUUCCAGAGAGCAAAGGACGGCCUCAGCCGCGCACAGAAACUGCAAAAACAGUCAGAACAAAGAGAUUACUAUAAGAUUCUAGGUGUUAAGAGGACGGCAAAUAAGCAGGAGAUCACAAAGGCGUACCGAAAGGCGGCGCAGAAGUGGCAUCCCGACAACUACCAGGGCGACGAAAAGAAGGUCGCGGAAAAGAAAUUCAUCGACAUCGCCGCGGCCAAGGAGGUGCUGACGGACCCCGAGAAGCGCGCGCAGUUCGACGCGGGCGUGGACCCGCUGGACCCCGAGGCGCAGCGCGGCGGCGGCGGCCCCUUCAACAACCCCUUCCACCACUUCCAGCAGGGCGGCUCGCCCUUCCAGUUCAAGUUCCACUUCAACUAGACAUAUCGCGCGCCCCGCACCCAAACCCCGCACACACCCUGCCCUGCCCUGCGACACCAAACGGAGAAGAUGCCAUAUCGCUUGCCGAUACGACUGAUUUUUACGACUUUACGGCGUACCUAAAUAAAAAUAGGUAUUUUGAUUAAAGUAUGAUAUGUAAAUAAAUUUAUGAUUUCAUCUUC